AUGCUUCGGAAAGCCUACGGCGACGACGCGAUGAAACAAAGCCAAACUUUCAUUUGGCACAAGAGGUUCCGGGAAGGUUGGGAGUCCGUCAACGACGACGACCGCUCGGGACGCCCGUCGACAUCGCAAACGGAUGACUCGGUGCAAAAAGUGCGUCACGUUUUGGACAAGGACCGGCGAUUAAGCGUUCGAAUGGUCGCAGAUGAGUGUAGAAUACCCAAAACAAUCGUUCAUCGCAUUUUAACAGAGGAUCUCCAAAUGAGGAAAGUCUGCACGAAAAUGGUGCCAAAGGUCCUGACGAGUGAGAUGAAGGAAGAGCGUUUGUUGAAGUGUCAGGAAUUGCACGAACGCUUCGAAACAGACCCAGAAUUUUUGGACAGAGUGAUCACAGGGGAUGAGACAAUCAAAAGAACCCUGAAAGGAACUCGGCAUGGGACGCUGGAGACGGUAAAAGCAGCUGCGACGACCUCACUGAAGGAGGUUCCUGUUGACGGCUUCCAGGCCGCCUUCAGUGAUUGGAUUCAGCGUUGGCAACAGUGCAUCGAAGCAGGGGGAGAUUACUUUGCAAAGUUCUGA